AUGGGUUGGCCGUUACUCGGCGAAAGCAUUCAGUUUUUCGCCCCUAACCGAACCUGGGACACCCCUCCCUUCAUCAAAAAGAGGAUCCAAAGAUAUGGGUCGAUAUUUCGAACGAGUUUCGUUGGGAUGAAAGUUAUAGUUUCGACCGAUGGGGAUCUUAACUACAAGGUGUUCCAACAAGAGGACCAAUUUCAGAGCUGGUACCCAGAGAGCAUGACAAGGGUGUUUGGAAAGCAGAAUCCAAGUGUUUUGUAUGGGUAUCUUCAUAAGUAUCUCAAGAACAUGAUGCUGCAUUUGGUUGGUUAUGGAGGUCUUAAGAAGAUGCUUUCAGAAGUUGAAACUGAAGCUGUAAAAGCCAUAGAGAAAUGGGCUGAACAAGGAACAACAGUGGAGCUGAAAGCAGCAAUUGCAGAUAUGAUAUUUGGUCUGACUUCAAGAAAACUGAUAAGUUAUGACAUGGAGAAAUCAUCUGAGAAUCUAAGGGAGAACUAUGAAGCUUUUAUCAAGGGUUUGAUUUCAAUUCCUAUACCAUUUCCUGGAACAUCUUUCUACAAGUGUCUACAGGGAAGAAAGAAGGCAAUGAGAUUGCUGAAGAAGAUGCUAAAGGAAAGACGGGAAAACCCUAAUGAUGUGAACAGUGAUUUCUUCGAUUUCGUGGUGGAAGAACUGAAGCAGGAUGAUACGAUAGUUACAGAAGCAAUAGCACUGGACAUGAUGUUUAUGCUUUUGUUUGCAAGCUAUGAAACAACUACACUUGCCUUGUUGGUAGCAGUCAAGCUUCUCACCGAAAACCCUAAAGCAUUGAAGGAAUUAACAGAAGAACACGAAAAAAUCUUAGAAAUGCGGGAAAAUCCCGAGUCUGGAAUUACAUGGGAAGAAUAUAAGUCGAUGAAAUUCACGUUCGAGGUGAUAAAUGAAUCAGUAAGGCUAGCAAAUAUAGUACCAGGAAUAUUCAGAAAAGCACUAACAGAUGUGAAGUUCAAAGAUUACACAAUUCCAUCUGGUUGGGUAGUCAUGGUAUGUCCACCAGCAGUCCAUUUAGACACUGCCAACUAUGAGGAUCCACUUGACUUCAAUCCAUGGAGAUGGGAGAAUAUGGAUUUCAAAGGUACAUCAAAGACUUUCAUGGCUUUUGGAGGUGGCCAAAGGUUUUGUGUUGGAGCAGAUUUUGCUAGACUUCAAAUGGCUGUCUUUCUCCACCGGCUAGUCACAAAGUACAGGUACAGAUAG